AUGUUAAUCCAUCCAUCGACGCGCCUAUUGUUCACCGAUAUCAUGCGAAAGAUAAUUCUUAUACUCCAGGCGAUUUCCUUUGCCUCAUCUGCAUUGCAAAUAGACAAUGGUCUGAUUGGUGAGCCAGUUAUUCUAUGUGGAAGUGAAAGCCUCACAAUUCACUUUAAAACAAAGGAAGCAUUUGAAGGGCAUUCUUAUGUUAAAGGGCACUAUAGUACAAAGCAAUGUCGAACUGACGCCACAUUAGAACCAAGUGUCAAUUUAACUGUUCCGUACAGCCAGUGUGAUGUUCUCCGCCAGCGAUCGAAUAAUCCACGUGGGAUCAUGAUCACCACUACAGUCAUUAUAUCAUUCCAUCCGAUGUUUAUAACGAAAAUUGAUAAGUCUUAUAAAGUCCAAUGUUUCUACUCAGAAGCUGCUAAAACAGUAACUCAGCAAUUGGACGUCGAAAUCGGAAAAGGACAAGAGAAAAGGGUAUUCGUCAUGGUUGGAGAUGAUCCAGCGCAAAGUGAAAAUAUCACAAGUGCCGACAAGAAAAUAUUCAAUGACAAUCCAACUGAGGAGAGAAUCGACUACAAUGUUCCACUGCCAGAGUGCAAUUACAUGGUGUUGUCGGAGAAUAAAAAUGGUAGUCCUGUGAAGUUUGCCACGGUGGGACAAAUUGUUUACCAUGAAUGGUCAUGCGAACCAGUCAACAAAAAUGAAAAAUCACCAUUUUGCGCAACAGUUCACUCGUGCAGCGUCAAAGAUGAAACCGGAAAGGAAGUACAGCUUUUUGACGAAAAUGGCUGCGCCGUUGACAAGUACCUAAUUAACAACUUAGAAUACACUAGUGACCUAACCGGAGGACAAGUGUCUCAGGUUUUCAAAUUCGCGGACCAACCUUCAGUCUUCUUUCAAUGCCAAAUUCGAUUGAGUUUGAAAGAUGAGGAUGGAAAAUGCAGACGUUCUUCCGAUAAUUGCCCAACAGCUUUACGUGGAAAGCGAUCGGCGGGACCCAAUGAAAACGAUGUCGAUGUCAUUUCCCAAAAGAUGACAGUUUUUGACAUUGAUGAGCCCCUUGGGUCUGAGAGCAAUAAGCAAGCGGUGCAAGAGCUUCAGAAGGCCAGUGUACCUUCUGAUGUUUGUGUAUCACCAUCUACAGCUUCUGGCCUUGCUGCUCUUUUGGCUUCCACUCUUCUUGUUUCUCUUAUCUCUGUGCUUCUCUUAUGUUUCCGUCAUCCGACUGUUAAAGUCAAACUCGCUUCAUGA